AUGCGGACCCACGCCUAAACGGCAAUGGCGUGAUGUCAUGAAACCGCGACAGCAAACUUCGAACUAAAACGUCGGUGGCUUUGGGUCAGACGUGUCGUGGUCAUGCUGUUCCCCAGGUGUUUAAAUCGUUUACUUUCAGGACGAAUAUCAAAACCCACUGUGACUUUGCAGUGGCUUUCGCCUGUAAGGUGUGGACUUCUUGCCGUACCAACACCUUCUUCUUCACUUAACCGGUUACGUCAUAUUUGCUACGAUGGCUGCAGAACGAGAAGCUUCUCCACCACUCAGAGUAAAAAAACACGGCAAGCUCUGAAUGGUCAGAUUAUUUCGACACACUUGCACCUAGUGUACACAUGCAAGGUCUGCAGCCUUAGGUCCAUGCAGAAGAUCUCCAAGCAGGCCUACCAAAAGGGUGUUGUGAUCGUGACAUGUCAAGGAUGCAAGAACCACCACAUCAUUGCUGACAACCUGGGCUGGUUCUCUGAUUUACAAGGGAAGAGGAACAUCGAGGAGAUCCUCGCUGCCAAAGGGGAGACGGUGAAGAGGCUGGAAGGAGGAGACGCUCUGGAAGUCAUUCUUGAAGAGUCCACUUGUAAAAAAGAACUACAGAGUGGUCCUGAUGUGGAAGUAACAAACAAAGAUACAUAGCAGGAGCUGUAUGAGAGACAAUCAUUUUAAUAUACCGUAUUUCCUUGAAUAGCCGCAGCAUGUAAUAUGCGCCUGCCUUGAAUUACUGCCGGGUCGAACUUGCUCCCCAAAUUUAUUAGCGCAUGCUUACUUUUACCGCCGGGUCAAAGUCGUGACAUCACGAGUGACGCUUCCCCUGUCGUCAUUUCCAAAAUGGCGGAGGAGUUUUUUUUUCCUUUUACUAUGUGUAAACCAGGGGUCUUGUUCCACAGCCCUACAGAUCACACUGAUGGUUGUGAUAUAAAACAGCUUUAACACCCUUACUAAUAUGCGCAACACUCUGUGAACCCUCACCAAACACAUUUCUGGAAAACAUUGGCUCUGUAACACUUUAUAAACACAACAUAAGAAUUACCACGAAUUCCAAUGCAUCCAUGACUCUUGGCUAUAUUAUACACCCUGCUAGCACCAACCCCUCCCCCCCUGUAUUUGUGCAACAUGUGUUUGUUGCUAAUUUUCAGUUUUACUUUCAGCGCUGUAUGUAGAAAUAGCGCCUCCUUUACCCUUUUUGUGUACUUUUUGAAACCACAUAAUUUCCCCAAUAUGGGAUAAAGUAACUUACCCUAAUGUGGCAUAUGAGAAUAUUAUAAGGUAUUGUGUAUUAAACUAUUUUUCUAUUAAUGUCACGUGUUUUGAAACACUGUAUUUGUGCAACAUGUGUUUAUUGUUAAUUUUUAGUUUUUACUUUCAGCGCUGUAUGUAGAAAUAGCGCCUCGGAACUGGCAGCUCGUUGCAUCAGUCUGCUCUUUUAUUCUCUUUCAUAUUGUCCUUCUUUACCUUUUUCUGCAUACUUUUUGAAACCACAUAAUUUCCCGAAUAUGGGAUAAAGUAACCUACCCUAAUGUGGCAUAUGAGAAUAUUAUAAGGUAUUGUGUAUUAAACUACUUAUCUAUUAAUGGCACACGUUUUGAAACAAAAACUCUAUUUGUGCAACAUGUGUUUGUUAAUUUUUAGUUUUAAUUUCAGCUCUGUAUGUAGAAAUAGCGCCUCUGAACUGGCAGCUGGUUGCAUCAGUCUGCUCUUUUAUUCUCUUUCAUAUUGUCCUUUACCUUUUUGAAAUCACAUAAUUUACCUCAGUGGCCCCCAAACUUUUUGUAGCUGCGUACCGGCCAAUGCUUGAUAAUUUGUCCUGCGGCCCGGCGGGGGGUGGGUGGUGGUUUUUUUUUCUUCUUUUUUCCCCCUUUUGUCAUGAAAAAGGGAGUUUUUCUGGGGGGUUGGUGCACUAAUUGUAAGUGUAUCCUGUGUUUUUAUGUUGUUUAAUAAAUGAAAAAAAUAUUUUUUUAUACAUAUA